GUGGAGAGAAAGAAAAAAAAAAAAAAAAAAGCAAAACAAAAAACAUAAAAAUUAAACAACAAAAUCCUGGAAAGCCCCCGGACCGCACCGAUGCGGAAUUUUUUUUGCAAGAAGGCGAAAGAAGAAAUCGGAAGUGACGUCGCGGCCAAAACAAGCCCAGGCUUGGGGGCCUGUACAGAAUCUGUGGCUGUAGAUGGAAAGCCGUGACCCACUGUCUGCUGUCGGAGGUGGUCGCGAGGCCCUGAGCGCCCACCUGGUCGGCCUCCUGUCCCUGUUCCCGAGAGCCACUCUCCGCGGAUGAGCGAGAGUUGCCUGGGAUUUUGGGGCCGCAGCUGGCCGCUGGCGUCAGAGCGGACUUCCGCCCCCUACAAGAGUCUCCAGCCGGCUCCUGUCCUGGGACACCUGUCGCCUAUUUUUAACAUCCAAAUUCCAAGAAAACACUGGGUGCCACUUUUAUAAAACCAAGAGAAAAUCAUGAAGAAAUGUUUUAAGUAUUGAAAUACAGUUGAAAUCAUGGCUUCAUCAACAAAUCUGGAUAUUGGAGCCCAGCUGAUAGUGGAAGAAUGUCCUAGCAGUUACAGUCUAACUGGCAUGCCAGAUAUUAAAAUAGAGCAUCCGCUGGACCCAAAUUCAGAAGAAGGAUCUGCUCAGGGUGUUGCCAUGGGAAUGAAAUUCAUAUUGCCUAACAGAUUUGAUAUGAACGUGUGUUCUCGUUUUGUGAAGUCCUUAAAUGAAGAGGAUAGUAAAAACAUUCAAGAUCAAGUUAAUUCUGACCUGGAAGUGGCAUCUGUCCUAUUUAAAGCUGAAUGCAAUAUACAUACAUCUCCUUCUCCGGGAAUUCAAGUAAGGCAUGUCUAUACUCCAUCUACCACAAAGCAUUUCUCACCCAUAAAACAGUCAACUACUCUGACCAACAAACACAGAGGAAAUGAGGUCUCUACUACACCUCUGUUAGCAAAUUCUUUGUCUGUUCACCAGUUGGCAGCCCAGGGAGAAAUGCUCUAUCUGGCUACCCGUAUUGAGCAAGAAAAUGUUAUCAAUCACACGGAUGAAGAAGGAUUUACUCCUCUGAUGUGGGCCGCAGCACACGGGCAAAUAGCUGUGGUAGAGUUUCUACUUCAGAAUGGUGCUGAUCCCCAGCUCCUAGGCAAAGGUCGAGAAAGUGCACUGUCAUUGGCCUGUAGUAAAGGCUACACAGAUAUCGUCAAAAUGCUGCUUGAUUGUGGAGUUGAUGUAAAUGAGUAUGACUGGAAUGGAGGGACCCCUUUGCUUUAUGCUGUACACGGAAAUCACGUGAAAUGUGUAAAGAUGCUCUUAGAAAAUGGAGCUGACCCAACAAUUGAAACCGAUUCUGGAUAUAAUUCUAUGGAUUUAGCUGUCGCCCUGGGCUAUAGAAGUGUUCAACAGGUUAUCGAGGCACAUUUGCUGAAGCUGCUUCAAAAUAUCAAGGAGUAAACAUGAUCAUGAGAAAACGUUGACUGCUCUUCUGUUUACUUUUUGAUUCUUAUAAAUGAUAGUUUUGUUUACUUAUAAAUUUUUACCUCGGUUGCAAUAUUUACUGAUUUUUUAGUAAGUUUUAAUAAAUAUUUCUCUAAGUAAUUCACUGGUUUAUAAUAAGAGUAAUGUUAAUUCUUUUUUAUAAAUGUGUUUUACUGCAUAUUUUAAAUUAUAAAUUAAUGUUUUGUGGCAUGUAAAUUUUUAUGGUACAGAUAGUUAUCUGUCUUUGUAUCAAGUGCUGUAAUUUGACAUUUCCAGAAAUUAUUUCAUGCUGUUCAUUGUUACUCUUGUAUUAACUCAUUGACUUUAUAUAGAGUUUGCUAUAAAUCCACACAUACAUUAGGGGGGAAAUGUUAUUGUUGAAGUCAAAAGUGCACAGUGUGAUUGUUUACAAAAUGAUAUAAUAAAUAAACACCUUUGCUGUCA